AUUUAUACACCAAGAGCCAAAACAACUGAGAGGGAAAAGUGUUCCGAUUUCGUUUCUCCGCCGGAAUAUUCUUUAACAGAUCCUAAUCGAUUAUCGAUCGCCAGCCUAAUGGCAGAGAAUUCAUUCAAGUACGUGAUCGUCGGUGGUGGCGUCGCUGCUGGAUAUGCUGCUCGGGAGUUUACCAAGCAGGGAGUCAAAUCCGGUGAACUGGCCAUCAUUUCCAAAGAGGGGGUGGCCCCUUAUGAACGCCCAGCACUUAGUAAGGCAUAUCUGUUCCCUGAGGGAACGGCCAGGCUCCCAGGUUUCCAUGUGUGUGUUGGAAGUGGAGGAGAGAGGCUCCUUCCUGAGUGGUACACUGAGAAAGGGAUAUCUUUGAUCCUCAACACGGAAAUAGUCAAAGCAGAUCUUGCUUCAAAGACACUUAUCAGUGCGGCUGGCGAAACUUUUAAAUAUCAGAUAUUGAUUGUAGCAACUGGCUCUACCGUUAUUAGGCUGACGGACUUUGGCGUAGAAGGUGCUGAUGCCAAAAACAUCUUUUAUUUGAGAGAAAUUGAUGAUGCUGACAAACUUGUUGAAGCAAUCAAAACUAAGAAAAAUGGGAAAGCUCUGAUUGUUGGGGGUGGAUACAUAGGUUUGGAGCUAAGUGCUGCUCUGAGGAUGAAUAACAUUGAUGUCUGCAUGGUUUACCCUGAACCUUGGUGCAUGCCUAGGUUAUUCACUGCUGGCAUAGCUUCCUUCUACGAGAGUUACUAUGCAAAUAAGGGAAUUGAUAUCAUCAAGGGCACUGUAGCUGUUGGGUUUGGGAAGAAUGAAAACGGAGAGGUUGUAGAUGUAAAACUCAAGGAUGGUAGGGUUAUAGAAGCCGAUAUUGUUGUUGUUGGUGUCGGUGGAAGGCCCCUCACAACUCUAGUUAAAGGCCAGGUUGAAGAAGAGAAGGGAGGAAUCAAGACUGAUGCUUUCUUCAAGACAAGCUCUCCUGAUGUAUAUGCCGUGGGUGAUGUUGCUACAUUCCCCUUGAAAUUAUUCAACGAGCAAAGGAGAGUUGAGCAUGUCGAUCAUGCACGCAAAUCUGCUGAACAGGCUGUUAAGGCAAUAUUCGCAAGUGAACAAGGGACGUCUAUUGAGGAAUACGAUUACCUCCCAUACUUCUACUCUCGAGCCUUCGACCUGUCAUGGCAGUUCUACGGUGACAACGUAGGUGAGACCGUUCUAUUUGGAGACAACAGCCCAACAUCGGAGACUCACAAGUUUGGAACAUAUUGGAUUAAAGAUGGGAAGGUGGUCGGCGUGUUUCUGGAGAGCGGUACUCCUGAAGAAAACAAGGCCAUCGCGAAACUUGCAAGGGUGCAGCCUCUAGUAAACAACUUGGAUCAACUAGCCGCCGAGGGUCUUGCCUUUGCAUCCAAUAUUUGAACUCAUUUUUCUUGAUUAAGUAUAUCGCAAUAGCUGUGUGUGGAUUUGCUUCUUGGUUGUGGUUGCUUUUUCUUUAUAUUUCUGGGAAUGGGUUUUUUUCUUCCGAAAAUAUGCUUAUGAAUUUCGGUUUUGCUUCUUCUCA